AUGUUUACAAGAUCUCUCAGAAACUCUAACACGCUCAGGCUAGCCCAAGCAAUUCGUUUGAACUCUACAGGUCCAAACCCAACUCCUGUAGUUGCAUCUGUUGAAGUUCCAGAGACUGUUAAGAAAAUUACCGAUUUGACUCAAAAUGGUAAACAACUUAUCUCUGGUGCACCUGAAGAAUUGUCUAUUUCUGGCAACAGAUUAGUCAAAAUAUACAAAGAGUCUAAGUACGCCACCCAAAAUGGUACGAGAAACUCGAAAUUCUGGAGAUUAGAAUGGGAUAUUCUUGGCAAGGGUAACAGAUGGGAAAAUGAUUUAACUGGUUACCAAUCAACAGCCGAUUACAUGCAAGCUUCAAGAUUAAGCUUCAGUGAAAAGGAACAAGCCGUCAAAUUUGCAGAAUCUAAUGGAUGGGAUUAUUACGUGGUUGAGCCAAAGACUAAGAAGUUUGUCAAGAAGGAAUAUUCCUCAAAUUUCGUUCAUUCAAAGGGCCCACUAAAGUAUAUAUUUACAAAAUAA